CGGUUUUCCUGUGAGUCACUGGAUGUUUGUGUUUGCCAAAUCCCACGUGCGCUAUGCCUUAAAGCCAGCUGACACACUCCCACUUGUCUUAUAACCAAAUCACAAGACGGACAAGAUCACAACUCCUGUAUGAGCGUAAGGAAGAUCACUGACUUCUGCUAGAUGACAAGAGAGAAGAUUACAUUAGCUCCAAAGAUGCAGCACAGCUGUGGCCGCCGUUGCCUCGGCCCCCUGACCUUCCAUCCUCAAGCUGUGGGUGACAUGAUCCGUCUGAGCGAGGGCCUUCGAUGUGCGGAGAGAACUGAAGAAACCUUCAGAGGCGGCGUCGUGUUCAGCAACCGCCCUGUGAGCAUCAACGAGCGGGUCCGGGUGCUGGUGCAGAAGAAGGUGGCACACUGGAAAGGGGCGCUGCGUGUAGGCUUCACCAACGUGCCGCCAUCGGCCAGGACUUUACCUCUGCCCUGCAUGGCCAUGCCUAACCUCACCAACACCCAGGGGCACUGGGCCUGUCCUGUGCCCGAGUCCUGCUGUCAGGAAGGUUCGGUGCUGGAGUUCUGGGUCUCUCCUCGUGGCUGCUUGUGGGUGAAAUUUCACAACGACAGGAAGCGUAAGCUACUGAUCGAAGUGGACCUCAGCCUGCCUCUCUGGGCCAUGAUUGAUGUAUACGGGCAGACGUGCUCCAUCUUCCUCCUAGGUUCUGAGAAAAAGGGAACGCUUUUCAACAAAGCGUCCUGUCCUGCACCUGAACCUCCCAUCAGCCGUCCCUGCAGUAUCAAUCCCGAUUAUACAGAACUCAGUGAAAACUCUGACGACAGUCUCUCAGACCUGAGCAUGGAGUUCCCCCCAGGUGACGGCUGCGUGGUGUGCAUGGUACGAGAGGCUGAAUACACACUGCCCUGUGGCCACAGAUGUCUCUGCGUUCGCUGCACCAACAGGGUCCUGGUGCAGUUCGGUACCUGCCCGCUGUGUAGAGAAGAGAUAAACAGUAACAUACAGGGUUUCCUUUAGGAUAUUUUGUUUAAACUGUGGUGGAGGGUUUGGGGGGGUUAGAUUAAGUCAUCAUCUAUUUAGCAUAUUUGUUCAUACAUUUGUGACCCUGGCUGUAGGAAAGAGAAGCUGAUUUUGCUGUGGCGGUGCGCCACAAUCAAUUACAUGUAGCGGAAACCCUGAUUUAUUAGGAGGCGACUCUCCUCAGCUGGCUGGUCCGUAAAGCUGAGGCCAGAAGCCUCUGAUGCAGACUGAGAGACUGUGACACCGCCGACAGCUCUGACUGAAUGUAUCCUGGUGGAAAAGGCAAAAAUCAGGGAGAGUUUUGAAAGCUAAUAUUUCCCUGAGUGAAUUUAAACCAGGAAGCUUUUUUUUGUGCAAUAAUUAAACAUGAAGAUGAGGCAAGAGUAAGGGUUCUAAGAUGCUUAUGUGACUAUCCUUUGUUGUUUUUUUGUUUUUUUACAUUGUGUAUAAAAAAGAAAAUGCAGUUGUUGUUGCAUUUUUUUGUUAUUUGUAAGUGUUACUUGCACUCAUUUGCAUUAUUUAUAUGAUAAAAAUGUUAUUCGCUUUGAAACUCAUGUUUAGGCAAAACAUGUAUGUGGUAAAUUAUAUUAAUUGUAUUAUUGUGGCAAACUGUGGCCAUGAAAAUAAAGCACA